CGGGCUGCGCCGCCGGCGGAGCACGAGAGGCGGAAGUGCCGCGGGGCCGCCUUCUCCGUCCCGGCUGCGGCCCCUGCCGGUUACAUAACCCGUCGCGCGGGGUGGGGGGGCCCGCAGUUCCACGUCCGGCUUCCCGUCUCCCCCAGGAUGUGCUGAGCCCCGCGACGCCGUCCGCUGCCGCCGGCUCCCGUCCGAGGUGUGAAUGACAGAGGUGGUGCCUUCCAGUGCCCUCAGCGAGGUCAGCCUGCGUCUCCUCUGCCACGAUGACAUAGACACUGUGAAGCACCUGUGUGGCGACUGGUUCCCCAUUGAGUACCCAGACUCAUGGUAUCGUGAUAUCACAUCCAACAAGAAGUUCUUCUCUCUUGCUGCAACCUACAGAGGUGCCAUCGUGGGAAUGAUAGUAGCUGAAAUAAAGAAUAGGACCAAAAUACAUAAAGAGGAUGGAGAUAUUCUAGCCUCCAGCUUCUCUGUGGAUACACAAGUUGCAUACAUUCUAAGUCUGGGAGUGGUGAAAGAAUUCAGAAAGCACGGCAUAGGUUCCCUUUUACUAGAAAGUUUAAAGGAUCAUAUUUCAACCACUGCCCAGGACCACUGCAAAGCCAUCUACCUGCAUGUCCUCACCACCAACAACACAGCAAUAAACUUCUAUGAAAACAGAGACUUUAAGCAGCAUCACUAUCUGCCCUACUACUACUCCAUUCGAGGGGUCCUCAAAGAUGGCUUCACCUAUGUCCUCUACAUCAAUGGCGGCCACCCUCCCUGGACCAUCUUAGACUAUAUCCAGCACCUGGGCUCAGCACUAGCCAACCUGAGUCCCUGCUCCAUCCCACACAGAAUCUACCGCCAGGCCCACAGCCUGCUCUGCAGCUUUCUGCCAUGGUCCAGCAUCUCCACCAAAGGUGGCAUCGAAUACAGCCGUACCAUGUGAUGCCAUUGGGGCAGCCUCCCCCAGGCCUCUGUCCUCAGCACUUUGUGGAGCCUAUUUUCCUGUCUGUCUGACUUCUGCUGUCUUUGCAAGGAGCUGGUAGCCACCUGCCGGCCCAUCAGCCUGCCCC